CACAAUUACAGAUGGUGUUUAUUAAUUAAUCAUAGAUAUUAGAUAGAAUCGUGAGUGUAUUAUAUAUUUAAAUAAAUUAAAUUAAAAUGUUGUCAAGCUUAGUGAAGGAACAUCAAUCUAAGCAAUCAAUACUUAAAGCAAGUCAAGAACAAAAGAAAAAAGAAGCAAUUGCAUCGACUAAUGAUUUGACACAAGCUUUAGUCGAUCAUCUUAAUGUGGGAGUGGCACAAGCUUAUCUGAAUCAAAAACGUUUAGAUGCCGAGGCAAAACAAUUACAAAUUGGGGCACAAAACUUUGCCAAACAAACACAGCAAUGGUUACAACUUGUUGAAAAUUUUAGUAGUGCUCUUAAAGAAAUAGGUGAUGUUGAAAACUGGGCCAAAAGCAUAGAAUCAGACAUGAAGACAAUAACCCUUUCUCUUGAAUUUGCAUAUAAAACGACUCGAGAAAGUAUAUGAUAUAGAGAUAAGAACUAACAGGUGCAUCUUUCUUAAUGUAAUAUAUUUGUUGAAAAUGAAAUGUUUAAUGCAUGAAAUAUUGAGUUAUAUAUGUACUGUAUACCAAUAUUUGAUGAGUUAAAUGUAUAAAAUAGUAAGUUUUUACACAAUU